CAAAUCUUCUGUGUUCUGUCACUUCGUCACCAUCAUCAAACUGUCAAUUUUCUGGAUUGAUUAUAUUUAUCAAUCGUUUUAAGCUAAAAAUAUAGUGUACAAGUAUUUACUUUGCGCUGUGUAAUCUUAAUAAAAUAUACAGUGGCGUAGUUUAACGUAAGGAAUGUCGAAGUUCGAGGAUAAUCCAUUUAGUGAUCCUGCCAUUGACAAUCCCUUUGCGGAUCCGGCGGUGCAGCAAGUCGCUAGAAGUACUAACAAUGCUACGAGAGGUCUCGACGACUACAACCCCUUUGACGGCCAACAAAAUGCAAAUCAGGCUACGCCAGCCCAGCAACCCACACAACCUGCAAUCAUGCAGGCGGUAUCGCCCCCACCAAGCAGUGGCCAGUACACUCGGCCAACUCAACAACAACAGAGUCAGGGACCACCACAGAACUUCACCACAGCUGAUUUUCAAAAGCGGCAAGAAGAGUUAGAAGCAAAGGCGGCAGAGUUAGCGAGACGCGAGGCAGAGUUACGCGCGGGCUCGGCGGGCAGGCGGAACAACUGGCCCCCGCUACCCGCCUUCUGCCCAAUCCAGCCCUGCUUCUACCAGGACAUCAAUGUCGACAUACCGCUAGAGUUCCAGAGGAUCGUACGCCAUUUGUACCACCUUUGGAUGUUCCACUCACUGGUCCUAGCCCUGAACAUAGUCGGAGGGUUAGCAAUCCUCUUCUCAGGAGGAGGUUUCACAGUGUUUGGUCUAUCGAUACUGUACUUCAUGCUUCUGACGCCCUUCAGUUUCAUCUGCUGGUACCGGCCGAUAUACAAGGCAUUCAGAAGCGACUCCUCCUUCAACUUCAUGGUGUUCUUCUUCAUAUUCUUGUUCCAAAUGAUCAUCACUUUGGUGCAGUCUAUCGGUUUCAGUGGUGGAGGCUCUUGCGGUCUGAUCACUAGCAUCGGCGCAUUCAAGGACAAUAUCGGUGCCGGGAUCGUCACCAUGCUGGUCACCAUCGGCUUCAUCACAUCACUCGUGGCCGAUGUUAUGCUUAUGACUAAGGUGCACCGCAUCUACCGGUCGACGGGCGCGUCUAUCGCCAAGGCGCAAGCCGAGUUCACGACGGAGAUCCUGCGCAACCAGCACGUGCAGACCGCCGCGUCCAGCGCCGCCGCCGCCGCCGUCAACGCGCAGAUCGCCAACGCCAACCGAUACUGAACACAACAAGGUACAUAUGGGUGAGAUUUUAGCAGCAUUUAAUUUGUGCAAGAGUACAGAGCGUGAUGCGCUUUUUAUUAAAUAAAUAAUACAUUAUUCAGAUUAAAAAUAAAUUUAUAUUCUUGAAUUAUUGUGUUAAUGGAUACGCUCGUUUAAUCAGUUAUUAAUAUGUAAUUAUGCAGAUAUUUAAUAAGUAAUUUGAGUUCCUUGCUGCCGACGGAACUUAAACAGUAAUAAAUUAAUUAAUUAAAAUAUUUUCAACAAAUGCUUGUUAAUAAUGUUAAGAUUUUUGUUUAUACUUUGUUUUUUUCAUAUUAAGAUAUCAUUCGGCUUUAUUCACGUUUUUCGAUGUAAAUGGUUUGGAACAUGCAUGGGGACUCUAAUCAUGACAUAGUUCGUAUUACGCGACCUUAUUGCGAGUAGUCGUUAGAUGUAAAAAGACUAAAUUACGUAUCAAUAACGCCCAAUUGUAUCUUAAAUAUAAAUGUUUCAAAUUAUUUUCUAAAAUAUAAUUUUCUAUGUUGUACAUAAAGCCUUCUUUCCUUGCAAUAAAAAGUCCUACAAGUUUUUAUAUCAUAUUAAAUUAUUAAUAAAUAUAUCGAAAUUAAUUAGCACUAAUUUAAUAAACUUUAAUGUCUUGAUGUAUUCUUCAAAAUGUUUAAUUAGCUGCUUAUAUUUUGGUAUAGUGUGCGCCAAAUUUCUAGUCCACUCUGAAGUUGCAACUUGCAACACGCUCGCUAUGUUUUUGUAUACUGCGCUGCUACGCGCCUCGUAUUCAAAGCGGACUUGAAGUUUGUAUUCUACACGCCCGGCAUACUUUGUUUUUAUGAUAUUAUUUAUUUUCUUUGUACAAAAUAUAGUGGAAACUUAUGACUUAAUAUAAUUUUAAACGUCAACUGUGAGUAUCGAUGCAUUGCGUCACCAAAAUGCCACAUCUAGCAAAAUUGCAGGAAAAAAAACGUGUGCAUCCCGGACACUCGACAGAAGUGAUAACUUAACUAAAUGAUUUAAUUAAUUAAAUUUCAUUUAGAAUCAUUUAUUAUCGGAGAGGUGUAAAGAACAUUUUGGCAGCAACAACAUAUAAACUUUUAAAAUGGUCUGUGGUCCGAAUUAGACACUUAUCAGAAGGUAGUAAAACUUGCCCUAAAUCUGAUUAAUCUAGUUUCUACUGUUUAUGGUUUGCUUAUAUGUAGAUGUGAUCGUCUUGAGUACAACAACACACGUUUUUUUUUGUCCCGAAGGUCUAAUAACAUCUCUCUGCUUUUGCCUAUAUGUAACGAAAUUAUUUUCUAAUAAAAAUAUAUACAAAAAAUAUUCUACCAAAUCAUAAAAAUAGAUGAUAUUGCAUUAUAAAUAAAACAAAAAAAAAAUUAAAAAACUUAUUCAAUAAUUGCAUAAAAAAAUUAAAACAUUCUGUUAUUUAUACGGCCCAAUGUCGUACGGCUGUGCAUGUAAUUAUAAUUUAUCUUACUAUCUAGUGUACCAUUACUAUUUGAUUUGAACUACAUGUCCCAAAUAACGUGACAAAUGUUAAAUACUGCUCCAAGAAACAAAAGAGCUAGACCAAGAAACUGACUGACAAAAACAGCUCAUAAUGGAAAAAUAAAACAGUUUUUCAAGAUUUAUAUAGUCGGCUUGAUUUUUUAUGUUAUAUGAAUCAUCUACGCCACGCCUACGUCGACAAGUUGUUCUUCAUUGUCUUUGGUUUUUGUCCGUUAAGUUUCUACAAAUCAAUUAUAAAUGUCAUUUUGCCGUGUCGCGCGUUGUCAUCGGUCUGGUGUUGCCAUUACUUAUAUUUUUAUGUUGUAAUAAUAUAUACAUCCUCACUUGUAUAUGUAUACGAAAUCACACUGAUAUUAUGCAUAAUUUGUAGAACCGCCAGGGCGUAGACAAUAUAGAGAGAAUACAAGUCGUAUAACAUAUAAUUGUAAUUCCUCUGACGUCAUAUUUUUGGUUCGCAAACUAGCCUGUAUUUUGUUUAGUAAUAUCGCAUAGGUACAUUUUUGUGACUGAAGUAUUUUUGUUAAAAAGUUAUUAUCAUUUUCAAAAUACUCUACGCCCUCACACAAUAUCCUUAAUUGUUAGAUAUUUCACCGCGCUAUGAACGACACUAUUGCAAAGUUUAGUUAAUGCUAGUUAUAACCACGAGCUUAUGAACGCUUUAAACUAUGUCAUUUUAUCAUCAUACCAAUGCACCAUCUCACUGAAAUAGAUAUAUUUAAUCAAUAUAUAUUUGUAACCAACCUUUUUCACAAUUAACUUAAAAGCAAAUCUAAAACAUUUUGUUCAUUUGCUAUAUUAUGUUAGAAAUACAAAUAUUCCCAUGAAGGUUACUUUAUUUUUUAAUUGCGUAUAUUGUACCAAGGUACGCGUUUUGUUUCCAAACAUCAUUAUAUUUGUAUGCAAUAAAUUUGACAAUAUAUUUACAAUACAUUUUGGUUAGUAAUUAGACUUAAACAGACUAUAUCAUUUCAAUUGUUAGAAUAUAACAUUCCAUGGGCGGCCAUGUAAAUAAAUUACUAUCAAACGUCCACUAAAAAAAACUCACGAUUUUGUCGAUGUUCGAUUUUCACAACGUAUUAAUGGUGUUAUUGUAAAAUAUAUUUGUAUAAUCGGACGGUUUACUUAAUUUCGAUGUUUCUUAGGUGUUGCCCCGCGUUGUCUGUAAAAUUAGAUGCACAAGACUUCAAUCGGUGUAUAAAUGAAAUAGUGUUAAGAUGACAAAAUAUACGUUAAUCAUAGACAAGAUAUAAAGUUUUAAAACCCUGGUGUCCUCGAUGACAUUUAAAUCUACUCAGCAAAUGAAUUCUUGCCCCUACAUAAUGCACGUCCAGGAUUAUACCUACUGCAUAAACCUUAAGACUUGUUAUGAAAAUUAUAAUAUAAACACUGCGUCUCAGUUAACAAAUUGUAAAGAUUAUCAACAUUUCGUCGUUUAAGUUCUAGCAACACCAACCAUAAGAUUGAAGCCAUUUAUUAUAAUGCUGAAGAGCUUAUUUGUUUGUUUGAAUGCGUUAGUCUCAGGAACUACUGGACCGAUUUGAAAAAUUCUUUCAAUUAGAUAGCCCAUUUAUCGAGGAAGGUUAUAGCCUUUUUAUUUUAUUCCUACGGGAACGGAAACCAAGCGGGUAAAACCGCGCGGCGUCAGCUAGUCUAAAUUAAAGAGAAAGCUAUAUUUAUGAUAUCUCUUUAGUUGCGAUUCGAUUGAAAACUCGUUUGAUUAUGGUUUAGUUUUAUUGAUAUAAAUAUACUAACCGGUUGCUUUGAUUUAAACCGAACUAUUCGUUUUAUCGUUCCUCUAGUUGCCAAUUUAGGUAUAUUGUGUUAUUAGAACUUGAACGAGGAUUUGUAUAAAUAUGACAGAAAAUCAUAUAUAUUGUAUUUGUUUGUCAACGUUUUCCUCUAAUUAGAUGCGCAUUAUAUGAACUAUUUAUGUAUCUGGGCCUAGUAUUAAUGUAAGUUAUUGUGACACCGUCCUUACCCAGAUAAUGGUAAGCGAAGGCGUAGUUAUACCUAAAUAUUUAACUGUUUUGUAACGAUUAAGUCAUGUUAUGAACUUAUAAUUAAUAAUAAAUAUAGUUUCCGAA